GCCCAUGUCACUGGGAAAAUGGCGGCGACUCGGGCGGGUCCUGGGCAUCCUCGGUGCUCCGCUUUGGUACUGUGUGGCGAGAUCCGUCCGGGGCCCGAGCUUAUCAAUAGAGCCGUUAGCGAGCUGAAAAGAGGCUUUUGCACAUGGGAUAUCGAUCCUUCCUCUUGUAACUUGGAUGAUCAGCUAAAAUUGUUUGUGUCCCGUCAUUCUGCCACAUUCUCCACAGAAGUUAAAGGACAACGAAGCUUGCAUCAUACUGGAGACACCUUAGAGACUCUUGUUUUAAUUAACCCGGAUAAGAAGUCGGCGUCCAAUGAGAUUCGGAAUCUGGUCUGUCAUCAGUCUCAACAGAAGCUGCUAGUUUUCACUGGCCCUUUCUUAGAGGAAACUGGGGAGGUGCUUCUACAAGGAGGUGGAGGGUUCUCCAUUAAAGAUUUUAUCCAGAUCUUUACUGACAAAGAGAUUGGAGAAACACUGAGUUUGUCGGACCCCUCUGCACGUGUCAUAUUGACUGUUGUUUGCCCCUUGGAUUGGGAUAUUUCCCAACUGGAUAAAUGUAGCCUCCAAGAUUUCAUAGAGUUAAGAUUUAAUAUGGACCAGGCCUUUGCAGAGACAGAAGGAUUGCAAGAAUUAGCAGAGUAUCUUUCAGAAUCACUUGAGGCACCUUCUCCCUUUGAGCUGCUUGAGCCACCCUCAACUGUGGGCUUUUUAAAAUUGUUUAAACCAUGCUGCUAUGUCUUUCCUGGAGGCAGAGGUGACUCUGCUUUUUUCUCUGUAAAUGGGUUUAAUAUGCUGGUAAAUGGAGGUUCAGAUGCUAGGUCUCCAUUCUGGAAGCUGGUACGACAUUUAGAUAGAGUAGAUUCAAUCCUUCUUACUCACCUGGGCAUUGACAGCUUACCUGGGAUAAACAGUUUACUUCAAAGGAAGAUUGCAGAGGUGGAAGAGGACCCUUCCCAAGCUCCACCACCAAGUGAAGAGUGGCUAAAGAACUUAGUGUCUCCAGAGAUAGGUGUAGUAUUUCUUAACACUGUAGAUGUGCAGAUAGCCCCAGAAAAAGAACUGAACAUGGUUAGGGUCAGAGAGGAGGCUAUACUUACUCUGAAUUAUUUGGAGAAGCUGAAUAUUCAGCCAGAACCAUUGUACAGAUUUAAUGUACCAAGGGUGGAACCAACUAUCCUGUUUCAAAAGAUGGGUGUGGGAAGACUAGAAAUGUACAUAUUGAACCCAGUUAAAGGCAGCAAAGAGUUUGAAUCCCUUUCCAAGCAAUGGACUGAAAGUGACAAGCACAAGGUCUCCAACUUGCCAAUUUCCUGCCUAACCUCUGUUUGUGCCUUAUUGGUCUGGCAUCCCGCUUCCCCCACUGAGAAGAUUGUGAGGGUAUUGUUCCCAGGUUGUACUCCUCAAAAUAAAAUUUUGGAAGGCUUGGAGAAACUAAAACACUUGGAUUUUUUGAAGGAUCCAGUCACAACUCGUAAGGAUCUGGAAUUGAUUGAAAGUAGUAAUAGAAGUGGAGCAAUACCUAGACGGACAGACAGCAAGGAGAGCAUAAGAUCUGGGUCUGGCCGGCUUAGUGUUGAACACAAGGUUAUAAGCAAAGAGAAACCAAUUAAAUUUGAAAGGAAAGAGGCCAAAUCUGAAGGGAAAGACCAAAGCAAAACAGUACCUACCAAAGAUACUGGAACUGAGGGAGCAAAGCUGAAAGAGGCCAAGGUCAAAAUGGAAGUAUCAGCUGAUAAACCUAAGCAAGAUUCAAGGUUGAAGGCCACUAAAGAUAAAGUGUUUGUUAGGAAAGAACAGGAAAAGAAACCAAUAAAAAGAGAUGAAGGUCAAACUGAUAAGAAGGAAGUAACAAAACAAGAUGGCAAGAAGGAUAUGCGACCCAGUAUUGAUGGUAGAGUGGAGAAUCCACGAAGAGAUCUUAAAGAUGAUCAUCGGAAAGACUUCAAGGGAGAUGAAGGCAAAAACGUAAAAACUGCCACUAAAGACGUUAGGAAAAGUAUUAAAACACCUACAGACACCCGUAGAUCUCUCUCUAAGGUUAGUUCUGUAAAAAAGGAUACGUCUGGCAAAGUAGUUGGAAAAGGAAAGCCUACACAGAAGCCAGUCAGUGGGGAGCUGACUAAGCACUCUGCAGAGAAAGUUGUGAUUGAUGGUACCAUUCAAAAUUCAGGCAACACUGCUCAUGGGACACAGGAGCCUAGUGAAGAUUGUGAAAAAGGUGCCUGCGAUGAGCCUUCAAAACUAACAAAUGUGCAUUUAGCUGCUUUUGCAGAUAAUGGUUUGUGUCCAGAGGAGCCGGAAAGUCCCAGUGGAUUUCGUUACUUGGAGACCAGUCCUCUUAAGGGGCUGGCUCCAGUGUCACCACUGGCUAAUACUCCUAGAAGUGAACAGAGUGUAAAUUUUGAUCUGACACCCACCACCUUAGAAGUGCAAGACAAAGUGAGAGAUGAACUGGCUGAUCUCUGUGGUAGUUCAGAUGAAAGGACUCUAGAGAUGGCUUCUCCAGCAAGUUCAGACCAUUGCUCUCCAGCACUGCUGGGUCAGAAUUGUUGCCAAUCUAUUCCCUCUACAGAUGGAAGGAGUAUGAACUCGUCCUCUUGGCGAGCUCCACCCAAAUCAUCUCAAGAAAAUUCAAAUUCCUCACAGGGAAGACACACCAGUUGUUUAUCUUUAAGUCCAUUCCGUGAAGACCUCCCUGAUGUUUCUCCAACAAUAACAACCCCAUCUCUUCCUGCUGAGGUGGGCUCUCCACACUCAACAGAGGUUGAUGAAUCCCUGUCUAUCUCUUCCUUUGAGCAGACCCUUCCUCCAGUUAGUGAGUCACCUAGAGAUGUAUCUCCAGAAUUGCACACUCCAAACAAAGGAACUUUAUCUUUGCCAGUGUGCUCCCCUCAACAUGUAGAGCAUGAAAGACCGUCUGAGAGAUCUGCAUCUCCCCAUGAUGUUGAUCUAUGCUUGGUAUCCCCCUGUGAAUUUGAGCACCCUAAAUCUGAUGCUGUGCCAAGUCCCAGGGAUAGCGAUAGUGACCUUUCUCAGGAGCUAGCAAAACCACUGUGCUCUACAGACAAAAACUUGCCUAAUGGAUUAGAAACACCCCCUACUUCAGUCAGUGAAUCACUGCCAACCAUUUCUGACUCUGGCCCAGAUGAAUGUCCUUCUAUUGCUGUUGAUGCAGAGUCUGAGUCUGAUGUAGACAAUUCUUCCAGACCUUUAGAUCCCAUUCCUGCCCCUCUGCGUGAUCCCCAACCCAUGCCACCGCAGCCAAGCACAUGCAUGGUUGACCCAGAAGCCAUGCAUACUAACCAUGGGGAGAAGAAGCCAUCACCCCGUCCUCCCUCUGCCUCCAACCCUAAGAAUGACCGUUUAAAGACACCUGGAAUUAAGACCAGGGUUGGUUCAGAUAGAGCAGAAAAGGCUCUCCCCAACCCACGCCCAGGAGUGGAUGCCAAACAAGUUAUAGGCAGGCGCAGCAUUGGAAAUGUCGCUAAAGCUGCCCCUGGAGUAAGCAGAACUUCAGUCACUCCUAUGAAACCACCCCAAUCCAGCUCUCCCUCCCCUCCACCUCUACCAGUUUAUGUUGAUCUUGCUUAUUUGCCUGGUGGAUAUGGGGCAUUUACAAUAGAGGAAGAAUUUUUUAAGCGUGUACGCUCUUCUUGCUACAUCAUCAGUGGGGAUGACCCUGCAAAGGAAAAAGUCACUCGCCAGAUUUUGGACUCUCUACUUGCUGGAAAAAAAAACUGGCCACAAGACAUGCAGGUGACCCUCAUUCCAACGUUUGAAUCCACAGCAGUCCAUGAGUGGUAUCAGGAGACGCAUGUACUUCAGCAAUCAUUGGGAGUUAGAGUUUGCGGCAGUACCAACAGUGUUUCCAUGCAGGGAGAGACUUUCCCUGCCUGCAAAUGGGAAUUUUAAUCUUCAUUCCUACUAACCUCUUAAUUUCAUGUUUUGGUCUGCAAUAUUUUGUUUCCAUACUGAAGUCAUAUUGGGUCAGCUAGGCUUUGAAGACACUCCUUGUGCCAUCUCCCUUCCACCUGCUUGGUAAUUGCCAGCAGUCACAUUGUGUUUGGGAAGGCACAUUGCUAAUCUGUCUGCACUCGGUGCUGUUAAGCAAAGCAAAAGACAAAUAUAUAUAUAUAAAAAAAAAUUCUUUACCAUUACUAUUUGCACCUUCACUUGAGAAUGUCCUGUUCCAUUUCAUGACAUGGACUUGUUGCUAUCUUCCAUUUUCUCAGUUGGCCCUCCAGCCCUCUGAUAGAAGAUACUUGCACGCAAGGUUUACAUGUGAUGCUCCACCUAUGGCCCUAUAGCCCUUUCCCACUUGUGUUGUGUGCGGGUGUUUAUUUUUUUGUAUUUUUCCACACCUUUUUGGUCAGACGCUAAAAUUUACUUUAAAAAGAAGUGUGAAUAGCAGCCCAUCCACUUCAAUGAACUAUUCAGUCGUGACAUUGUGAAUUUAAAUAUUAGUAGGUUUCAAUGUAAACAAGAAAAUUCCUAAAGUAAAUUAGCAAAAUGUGAAUUUUUUUUUUUUUUUUUUUUGCACCAUUAACUCACAUUAUUCUGCACUCACUGCUUGACAUUACAUGGUCUAUUGCAGUGGUUUGGAACAGAAAUGUUACGUUUUGGGGUUAUUGUUGAUGGUAGACUUGUUCUACUACUGCGUAAAACUGGGUAAUGCACAAAGUGUUCAACUUUAACCGUUAUGGAGGUUACAUGCCCUUUCUGAGCUGCUUUCACCCUUCUAAAGGGUGGUGUAGAUCUUUGACAAUUUGUAUACAUGCAUGGUGUUGUGUUUUUUUUUUAAAUUUAUUUAUUUUUUUGAAAAAAAUUGCAACUAUAGGGGAGGUUUAUAAAUCUGUCUCAGUAAGUGGUACUAGCCAUUAAACCAAUGGAAUCAACAGAAACCACUUGACUUUUGUUUUCAUGGUUGUUGCUCACCAUUCAGAACUCUGCUUGCUGUUCUAUGAGUGACCGUUUUAUAGAUUUCCCCCCACUGUUUUCUUGUAAACUGUUUAACACAUACUAUUUUUAAGGAGGAGACGCACAGUAGUAAAUGUGUUUUUCACAAAGUACAUGACCAGCAUGGAUAAUUUGACACUUUAAUAUGAGGAAAUUUGUAAGCACAUUUUUUUUUUCAUAACCCAAGCUUUGUACAGCAGUUAAUUAAUCCAUAGUCCCAUCCUCUGAUAUCAAUACAUCAAUAUUUUAAAUUUAUCUGUAAAGCGCAUUAAGUAUACACAUGCAAUUUUCAUAGAAAUAAUCUGAGAGCCCCUUACUCUAUACACACUCCUCCCGCACCUCCCCCAAAAAUAAUAUAAAUCAGGUUUAUUUAUUUAAUUUUUUUGUUCAUUUUAACACUCCUCUUCUUGACAGAAAUGCAGUAGAAAAAGGUACUAAACAGGCGUAGGUUCAUGCCAGUUUAGCAUUGAUAUGACCACAGUGUCAUGUUUAAACACUACAACGUUUGCAUCUUGUCCUUGUGUACUUAAGCUAUAUCUCUCUAUAAAUCUGUUUUUACGUUUUGACGGUAUAUGAAGGAUUAUUACACCUCACCCUCUCCAUAUUGGAAAGAACUUGGCUAGUGGCACUUUUUAGCAUGGAGUGUAUGUUAAAACUUCUUGACUCCUAAGGAACAAGGGGUGCAUAACCUUUUUAGUGCCACAGAGGACUAGGUGUUAGUUAUUUUCUAGUAGAACAUAGUUGAUCAGAUCAACCAUGGCUGCUAUUAUUCUCCCCUCAAAGGCUGUAAUCUUGCCAGAGAUUCAAGAAUUUAAUUAAUGGGCAGCGUGCACAGCAGUACCGCUAAACAACUUGUUUGGUCACAGGACUAGAGUUUAACAGACUCCAUAUGGAUCAUAGAAUCUCUCUCUCCAAGCUGUUUUCAAAUUGGAUCCAUAUUGUGAAUUCACGUAGCUUGCAGUAGAUGAGCAAAUAAACAAAAUAUGAUGUAAACAUAAAAAUGUUGUCUUUUUUUCAAAUGGGUUAAUAGAUUCGUAAAUUGUGGAGGUGGAUGCAUUUUUAAAUAACUCUUAA